ACAUUCCCGACUCGUUCGCUGUUCGUCUGCUCUUCACCGCCAUGGACGCCAUCCCACAACUUACUGAAGGUGCUUGCGCCCGUUUCCACUCUGGUGAUAAAGACGACGAGCAGCUCUGGUCAUCGAGCCCGAUAGUCCAGCUUUUGUCUAUCAAGAAGGUCUCCGCGUCCCAAGGCCACGACCGCUACCGCGUCAUCAUAUCCGACGGCGUCAACUUCAUUCAAUCUAUGCUUGCUACCCAGCUGAAUAGUCUCGUCGAAGCGGAUACGAUCACGAAGAACACCAUCUGUAAACUUACAAACAUGUCGUGCAAUGUCAUCCAGAACAAACGACUCGUUGUUGUGUUGGGGCUGAGCGUCGUUCAGAAGGAUGCUGAGAAGAUUGGCAACCCCGCUGCGUUCCCCACCGACGAAGCCACGACUCCCGCCGCAAGCAAUAUUACCCCUACAUCUGCCCCCUCAGCCACCACGACUCCAUCAGUACCUCAACAACCGCGCCAGCAGCAGUCGUCCCGUGGCACCCGUAAUAACAUCUUUCCCAUCGAAGGUCUCAGUCCGUAUCAGAACAACUGGACUAUCAAGGCACGCGUCAUUCAGAAGUCCGACAUUCGGACGUACUCGAAUCAACGUGGCGAGGGUAAAUUCUUCAAUGUCACUCUCAUGGAUGACUCUGGCGAGAUCAAGGGCACUGGGUUCAAUGCCGUGGCAGACGAACUCUACGACAAACUUGUGGAGGAUAAAGUCUACUACAUCUCCAAGGCUCGGGUGAACCUCUCGAAGAGGAAGUUCUCCUCUGCCCAAGAGUACGAACUCAGUUUGGAGCGUAACACUGAGAUUGAGGAGUGUCACGACACAUCUAAUCUUCCUGUCGUUAAAUACAACUUCAUCGAACUCGGAAAUCUGGAGGAGCUCCCCAAGGACUCCAUUUGCGACGUCAUUGGGGUUGUGAAAGACGUCAGCGAAGUUUCCGAGAUUCAAACAAAGACGCAACGCACUCUUUCCAAACGCGAGCUUACUCUUGUCGAUUCUUCGGCAUUCUCUGUUCGUCUCACGCUCUGGGGAAAGCAAGCCGAGCAAUACAAUGCCAGUCCGAACUCUGUGAUCGCGUUCAAGGGCGUCAAAGUUGGUGACUUCGGAGGUCGUUCCCUCUCCAUGUUUAGCUCUAGCACUAUGGCGAUCAACCCCGAUAUGCCAGAGGCGCACAACAUCCGGGGUUGGUACGAUGAUAUUGGCACCUCCACGCAGUUCCAAGCCCACACCUCGAGCAUGACCUCGGCGGGCACUGGCGGUACCAUCAAUCGCUCUGAGAUGCGCACCUUAAACGAUGUGAAGGAGUCGCAAUUGGGCUCGAGCGAUAAGGUUGAAUACUUCUCGUGUCGUGCGACGGUCAUGCAUAUCCGGGGAGAGAACAUCUCGUACCCUGCUUGUGGGACCGAAGGCUGUAGCAAAAAGGUAGUGGAAGGACAUGAUGGAUGGAGGUGCGAAAAGUGCGAUAGGAGCUUCGAGACACCAACCUAUCGUUACAUGAUUCAGAUGGCCGUGGCAGACUAUUCGGGCCAGGCCUGGCUGUCCGGCUUCAACGAUGUUGGUCUCAUCGUUUUUGGCAUGACAGCGAAUGAAUUACAUGACAUCAAGGAGCGGGACGAUGCAAUCUACACUGCCAUUUUGCAGAAGGCUACUUGCAACACCUACAACUUCGCGUGUAGAGCCAAGCAGGACACUUUCAACGAUACGACCAGGAUUCGUUAUGGGAUUAGUCGCAUCCAGCCCUUAAACUACGAGGAAGAAACACAGUCUUUCGUCGACUUGCUCAAGUCGCCUUGGGCUCAGUAGACGCAUUGCCUCGUUGGCUCAUCUCUUCAUUCUUGACCUUUCGUAUGUUUUCCUUGUCACUAGUAUCCCCUCUCCAAUUGUACUUUUAGUAUGCGUUGUCGUGUCUUGGUGUUACGAAUCGUACACGUAUCGAACAAAAAACUUUACCAGCC